AUGCCUGGGAUCAUACGCCAGCCGUCUCCCCAGUCGGCUGUCCCCAUGGAUGCCUCAGCGGUCGGCAAACCCGACUUUUACCUCAUCGCCAACGAAGAUGCCGUCUACGAACAGGAUAUCUUCCGCAACCCGGAAAGUGUUCGACCAUGGCUGGUUUACAUCGACUACAAGAUGCGCAAUGGCACCAUCCACGAGCAAGCAUUCGUGCAAGAGAGGGCAUGCAUACAACUACCGCGGUCAUACAAGCUUUGGAAGAUGUACCUCGACUUUCGGAUCAAGCAUCUGAAGAAGAAGAACCCGGUGAAAUACAGGGCAGAAUAUAACAAGGUCAAUGCGCUCUUCGAAAGAGCGCUGGUUUUGCUCAACAAAAUGCCUGUGAUCUGGGAGAUGUACCUCUCAUUCCUCCUGCGACAGCCCUAUGUCACGAGAACCCGACGGACGUUCGACCGCGCGUUGAGAGCCUUGCCAGUGACACAGCACAACCGGAUCUGGAAGCUCUACAAAUCAUUUGCCAAUUCUGCGGGAGGCGAAACCGCGGUCAAGAUCUGGGCUCGCUAUGUCCAGGCACACCCGGAAGAUAUGGAAGAUUAUAUCGAUCUGUUAGUUGAGACCGGGCAUUACCUGGAGGCCGUGAAACGGUACAUCCAAAUCCUGGACAACCCUAGAUUCCGGUCCAAGCACGUCAAAAGCGAGUUUCAGAUUUGGAGCGAGAUGGUGGAGUUGAUGGUGAACAAGGCCAGAGAGAUUGGCGACAGUUCGGUGUCUGGAUUUGAUCCCGACACCAUCAUCCGGAGUGGGAUAGAACGGUUUGCCGAUCAGCGCGGAAAGCUGUGGGCGGGCCUCGCAACGUACUGGAUUACUCGAGGAGACUUUGAAAAGGCCAGAGACGUGUUUGAGGAGGGCAUUACCAGCGUUAUGACAGUGCGCGAUUUUACCAUGGUCUUUGAUGCUUACGUGGAGUUCGAAGAGUCCGUCAUCUCCACUCUGAUGGAUGCCGCCUCCGCCCGAGCCGGGAAGGGGAUCGUCGACGCGGAAAAGGACUUUGACCUCGACAUGAGAAUGAUGCGAUUCGAGCAUUUGAUGGACCGACGUCCAUUCCUCGUCAACGAUGUUUUGUUACGGCAGAAUCCGAACAAUGUAGUUGAAUGGGAAAAAAGGGUUGCUCUUUGGAACGACAACAAAGAGGAAGUAGUGCAGACUUACACGGACGCCAUCGCAGCCAUUUCGCCUAAGAAGGCCGUCGGGAAGUUCCACGAGUUAUGGUUGAACUACGCCAAGUUCUACGAAGAAGAGGGUGAUCUCGACACAGCGCGCAUCAUUCUCGACAAGGCGGUCAAAGUCCCCUAUAAGUCAGUGGCCGAAUUGGCAGAUACCUGGAUCGGCUGGGCCGAAAUGGAACUUCGAAACGAGAACUUCGACGGCGCAAUGAAAGUCAUGGCCACGGCCACAAAGGCACCUAAACGCAGCACGGUCGACUACUUCGACGAGACGUUGUCUCCGCAACAAAGGGUGCACAAAUCCUGGAAGGUAUGGUCGUUCUACGUUGACCUUGUCGAGUCGGUCGGCUCCCUGGACGAGACACGAGCCGUCUACGACCGGAUAUUCGAGCUUCGGAUAGCAACGCCCCAGACCAUCGUGAACUACGCCAACCUCCUCGAAGAGCACGGCUACUACGAAGAGUCGUUCAAGGUGUACGAAAGAGGCUUGGACGUGUUCACAUACCCGGUCGCCUUCGAGCUAUGGAACCUCUACCUCACAAAAGCCGUGAACCGUAAACUCGGCAUGGAGCGGCUCCGCGACCUAUUCGAACAAGCGUUGGAGAACUGUCCACCACAAUUCGCCAAGCAUAUCUACCUCAUGUACGGCGAUCUAGAGGAAGAACGCGGUCUGGCCCGCUCAGCCAUGCGCAUCUACGAACGCGCCACGCGCGCCGUGUCCGACGAGGACCGUCUAGGCAUGUUCGAGUUCUACAUCACCAAAUCGGCAUCGAAUUUCGGCCUGACUUCCACACGUCCGAUCUACGAGCGCGCCAUUGCCGCCCUGCCGGACAAGGAAGCCAAGAUCAUGUGUUUGAAGUUUUCCGAGAUGGAACGCCGUCUGGGCGAGAUCGAUCGCGCGCGAGCCAUCUACGGCCACGCGAGCCAGUUCGCCGACCCGCGCGUCGACAAGGACUUCUGGGACACGUGGGAGAAGUUCGAGGUCGCGCACGGUAACGAGGACACGUUCAAGGAAAUGCUGCGCAUCAAGCGCAGCGUCUCAGCCCAGUUCAAUACCGACGUCCAGUUCAUUGCUAGCCAGGCUGUCAAGAGGAGUCAGGAAACUGCCGCUGCGGGUGCGGGUGUUGGUGCUGCGAAUGGUGAUACUGGCAUUGCCACGGAUGGAGACGAUGCUGGGAAUGGCGGCGGCAAAAUCAACGAUGCGAUGGCCACGCUAGAACGCCAGGCCCGUGCGCCUGUCGGCUUUGUCCCUGCUAGUACGGGACCUGAGGGUGGGAAUAGAGCACCGCCCAAGGGUGGUGACGGUGCCAGCGGCGGUGUCGACGGUGCUACGGGAGGAAAAGGGGGAGCUGUGGCAGCGAAUCCGGAUGCCAUUGAUGUGGACAUUGACGAUGAUGAUUAA